AUGCGCUCAAGUGGUCCAUAUUCCAGGACUAAAAGGGCGAACCUCCCUUCACUCAGUCGCAUUCUAACUUGCCUCCUCCUCCCUCUCCUAACUAUUUCUCCUGGUGCUCUCCUCUACCUACUCUCACAGCCCUCCACUUCCAACACUUCCAGAUCCUUUUCGGGCGACUUACGCGAUGCUGAAUUCUCAUGGAACUCGCUUCCCCUCCCUUUCGACAAACCUGCCCCGACUUCCCUCAGAAUCGCCGUAUUUUCUCGUAAAUGGCCCGUUUUAUCUGCUCCGGGUGGUAUGGAGCGUCACGCUUUAACUCUUCACUCCUUUUUGUCCCGUCGUGGGCAUCGAAUCCAUGUUUUCACUGCUGCUGCACCUGUCAGUGAGAAAUACGAUAUCUCGUCUGAGUACCUGAAAAUACAUGCUCUCAAGGGACGACCGAACCAGUGGCAAUGUGAGGAAGCAUGGGAGCUCUACGAGGCUGAGAACCGCAUAGAGCCAUUUGAUGUCGUCCAUUCUGAGAGUGUCGCCAUGCAUCAUAGGUUCGCCAGCCGCGUACCAAAUCUGGCAGUCUCCUGGCACGGCAUCGCCUCGGAAGCACUCCAAUCUGGCAUCUACCAAGACCUUAUCCGGUCCCCCGACAUGGACCCAGCCUUAAACCGCAGUCUCUCGAUGGCCGUCUUCAAGGUGAUAAACGAGAUCAGGUUCUUCAAGAACUACGAGCACCACAUAGCCACCAGCGAUAGCGUUGGCGAGAUUCUGAGGGACAUUUAUCAGGUUCCAGAGAGGAGGGUGCACGUUAUACUCAACGGAGUCGAUGAGGAGAAGUUUGGGCUUGACGAUGAGCUCGGAAAUGGGUUUAGGAGUGAGAUUGGGAUCCCGGAGGAUGCAAAGAUUGUCAUGGGGAUCGCCGGGAGGUUGGUCAGAGAUAAAGGCCACCCGCUAGUCUACGCAGCCUUCAAGAAGCUAAUCACAACACACUCCAAUGUCUACCUCAUUAUCGCCGGCAGAGGCCCCUGGGAGCAACGCUACAACGGGCUUGGCCCCAACGUCAUCACCCUCGGCGCUCUUCCCCCCUCCCGCCUCAAAGCGUUCUACAACGCCAUCGACAUCUUCGUCCACCCUACCCUCCGUCCACAGGGGCUUGACCAGACCCUAAUCGAAUCCAUGUUAUGUGGGACUCCGAUCAUGGCGACGAGGCUUCCGAGCAUAAAAGGGAGCCUGCUUGUUAAUAAGGAGUUUGGUUUUAUGUUCCCACCAAAUGUGGAGGCUUUGGGGGCGGUGAUGGAGGCAGCGGUGGCAGAGGGGAGGAGGAGGUUGGAGGAGAGAGGGAGGAAGUGUAGGGAGUAUGCGAGGGGGAGGCUCACGGCGACUAAGAUGGCGAUGGCACACGAGAGGCUGUUUCUUUGUAUCAAGAAUGAGAGUUAUUGUAUGUAUCCUCUAGGUUUUGAUUGAAUUUAUUGUUUAGACUUGGGAUAAAGUAACGAAAUGCGUCGGAGUUAAGCCUCAUGUUUCUUGUGUUAAGAAAGAGAGUUGUUGUAUGGAUGAUUCUGAUUGCGUUUAAUUACUGGUUAGACCCGAAAUAAAUUAUACUAUCAUAUUUGAGUUCUCUCUCA